CGCAUCUCCAGCGCGCACGAGCGCAGUUGAGCCCUCCGUGCACGUGAGAUUAGGCUUCUCUGAGCUCGCGGUCCGGUGAACGCGAGGACACCGGCAGGCAGAGUGAGAAUCCCACACACCGCGGCAGGUCCUCCGGGAAGGAUGUCCGUGAUGAGUCCGUGGAGGAGAACCACUAGAACCUAACGGCUGCUUCCUCACCGACCGACCGCUGGAUGUUAAAGGUGUUUCCGGUCCUGCGGGAGGAACAGGUGUCAGCUGCUCUCUCCAUCCCGACUGGGACAGCGGGUUGUCCACUGGGUCUCGGGUCUUCUGGUGCUUUUUUUUCUUCUUCUUCGUGUCUGAGACAUGUUGUGGACACGGUGGCUCGUCCUGCUGCUCUGGUGCGGGGCCACCAGCGCAGAGCAGCAGGCGGAAGAGAGGGAAGGCCAGCGGGAGGAGGUCAGGGCCGACCCCCGCAGGCAGCGCUCCUCUCCGCCGGUGGAGCCGUUGGACUUUGGGUUUGUUCCCGCAGCGGUUUAUGAUACCCACGCUUACUACGAGCCGGGGACCAUAGGAAUCCUUUUCCACAUGGUCCACGCGUUUCUGUACAUGGUUCAACCAAACUCUUUCCCCAAAGAUCUUAUUGUUAGCAUCAUUCAGCAAAAUAUGGGAGGAAUUAAAGUAGAAGAAUGGAGAAAGCCAGAAAACGUUGUCCUGUUGCUGCAGUGGAUCCACUAUGAGUCUGGAUUCCUGAUCUGCGGCGUCUUUGGAAUCAUGUUCGUGGUCCUCACGCCGAUCGUCGCCACCUGCUUCUGCAUGUGUCGAUGCUGCGACAACUGCGGCGGUGAGAUGCAUCAGAGGCAGAGGAAGAACGCGGACUGUCACCGAGGAUUCUUCACCGCCUCACUCAUCGCCACCACCAUCUUCAUCAUUCUGGGGGUUCUUGUUGCCUAUGCAGCCAACCAUAACAUCAGCACUCAGAUCAAAAGCACCCGAAGACUCAUAAACACCAACAUGAGGGACCUGAAGACAUUUGCCAACAACACCCCAGCGCAAAUCGAUUACCUGACAGCCCAGUACACCACUGCCAAGAACAAAGUCCUGUCAGACCUCGACAACAUCGGACCUCUGCUGGGAGCCAGAAUCCACAGCCAUCUGGAGAAAGAGGUGGUUCCUGCGCUGGACGUCGCCCUCCGAAUGGCAGGAGCCAUGCGGGAAACCAAAGAAGCUCUGGAGAACGUCAGCUCCGCACUGGAGAUCCUUCAGGAGGGAACGGGAAAGCUCCAGGCCAGCCUGGCUGGGGAGCGCUCCUCUCUGUCCAACACCCUGUCGGACCCGGCCUGCACCAACGGCGCCGUGUCCCCCACCUGCAACACCAUCCGCUCCACUCUGCCUCAGCUCGGAACCAACGCCGACUUCUCCAAGCUUCCAAAUGUCAACGAAGCCUUGACCAGCAUAAACACUGUACUGAAAAUAGAUCUCAGCAACAUUGUCCAAAAGGGUUACGCCUCCUUUAAUGAUACCCCAGCGAUGGUGAAAGAACAGACCAGGAACAUCGUCACAGCUCUGCCUCGAGUGAAAAGCAUGCUGGAUAAGAUUGGAAAUGAGAUCACCAGUUUCUCCAAGAUGUUCCCAGUGGAAUCCUCUCUCGCCAAUUUCACCAUUUUUCUCAACGACAGACACAAGUUCAUCGAGUCUUUUUACCCCCAGGUGGACCAGAUGGAUUUCUACCGGUGGAUCGCCUGCGUGGCCGUUCUCUGCACCGUCGUCUUGAUUCUGGCCUUCAACAUGCUGGGCCUGCUCUGCGGCACCUGCGGCUACGACAAGCAGGCCAGCCCGACCACACGCGGCUGCCUGUCCAACACCGGCGGAAACCUGCUGAUGGCAGGUGUGGGAUUCUCCUUUAUCUUUGCCUGGGUGCUGAUGGGUCUCGUUACCACUCUGUUUGUUGUUGGAGGCAACGUGGAGAAGCUGAUAUGUGAACCUCUGGCCAACCGACAGCUGUUCAAGAUUAUUGAUACACCAUUCCUGGUUCAUCCUGAAAAACGUAAUUUUCUUCCUGGGAUGCUCUUCCAGAAUCCAAACAUUGACUUGACCCUGGGCAGCAUGUACAGGGAGUGCUAUGAGAACAACGGCCUGUAUCACGCUCUGCAGCUGGAGAACAUCUUCAACAUCAACUCGUUCCUAAACAGGACUGUGUACAACAGAGAUCUGGCCAAAGUGUUGGAAGGAGUCCAGGUGGACCUGAGGGACAUCAUGCUGCUGGACCAGGCCGGCAGAGACAACCUCAUGAACUUUGCAAACUCAGGAGUUGGAGAAAUCGAUUAUCCGGCUUACCUGGCAGAGGUGAAUAAGGGAGUCACGAUAGUGGAUCUGCUGUCUUUCUGCUCUGAUCUGGAGGAUCAAGCCGACCAGCUGCCCCGUGGAGCUUUGGAGAACGCUCUGAAGGGACACGCCAGCAGCAUCAGAAGCAUCCACAGGGAGCAGGUGGUGCCCAUGGAGCAAGCCAUGAAAUAUGUCCGAGCGCGGAGCACCCUGAGCCAGGGCAUCAAGCUGCUGCAGAAGAUGUCCAACGACCUACCUAUGAAAGUCACAAACAUCCUGAGCGCCAUUGAUGCAGCAGAAUAUCUCAUCACUCAAAAUGCCUCUCAUGUGGUGAAACAGGAGACGAAGGCCUUCGUUCACAGCCUGGUGGGAUACUUCAAGCAGUACACUGACUGGGUUAAAAACUCUCUAUCUGCAGAGGUAGCCCAGUGUAAACCCAUCAGCAACAUGGUGGACAGCAUGGAGAUAGUGGGUUGCAGCUUCAUCAUUGACUCAGUGGUAAGAGCUCACUGUGGGUGUUUCUGUGUGUUUAGGAAGUCAGGCUGCCAGCUGUAGAGAUAUCAAUGGCUC